CCCGCGUCACGUGACUGGCCGUCGCCCAGGUUGUCUCGAGAGCAUCCUGGUGUUAGCAGUUUGCUGCGGUCAGAAAACCCAAGUAAAGACGCAGCUUACACUUGAUGGAGAAAUAAUGUAUUUAACUCUUAGGAAAAGGAGGAAGACCAGGAGCUACUGCGGAGGUGUUUUCCGCCACCGGCUGACUGCUCGCACCUGAAGAGGCCAGUUGAAAAGGCUAGCAAACAUUUAGCGAUUAGCUAAUCGUUCAAACUUUGACGGACAGCUAGUUGCUAACGCUGUUUUACAUCUGGACAGGGAACGAAUCAUUUUGUUGGAGCUAUUAUACCAACAAAAAUAUUUAAUUCAAAGAUUUCAUUUUUAAAAAGCCGAUUUCAAAAGUAACGCGUCAUUACAAAAGUAACUAUUAGCUACCUUCUGGAUAAUGACCAAUGAUACACAGCUAAUGCUAACAACAACAGUACGUUAAACUGCAUAUAGUGUCAAACUAACGGCUAAGUUUGGUGACAGGAAUUGAAAGCAACACUAUUAUUUCCUCUUAAUGUUGGUGCGGAUCAGGCAGCCGUUACAAAGCAACACGUCCUUGUUUUUCUUUGGUUAUUGACAUGACUGAGAAACAAUGUGAAACAGCAGGAUGUCAGAUGCGUGGGGAUUAAUGUUAUUCCCUCGAAAACACAUCGGUCCUGUCUUUUCGAUAAUCCCUGCCUUCCUCGCAAUGCAUUCACAAUAGAUCUGUGUACUUGUCGAGCCUGUAGCGCAGUUAUUUAGCAUUUAGGUUUAUUAAAUCAGUCUCUACAAGACCCCCAAACACCUUUAAUUAUGUCUGGGGACACAUCUGACAGUAGUGAUGACUCCGAUGGGAAAUCAAACAAACAUCAAACUGUCAAACAUCAAAUCACUAAUGCGAAUCUCACAGGUCACACUGAAAGGGUCGGCAUGGAGAACUUUGAGCUGCUCAAGGUUUUAGGCACCGGAGCUUAUGGAAAAGUGUUUUUGGUUAGGAAGAACACCGGCCACGAUGAAGGCCAGCUGUAUGCUAUGAAGGUUUUAAAGAAAGCGGCGAUCGUUCAGAAAGCAAAAACAACAGAACACACUCGCACUGAGAGGCAAGUGCUAGAGCACAUUCGCCAGUCUCCCUUCCUGGUGACACUUCACUAUGCCUUUCAAACCCAGAGCAAGCUGCAUCUCAUACUAGACUAUGUGAGCGGCGGGGAAAUGUUUACUCAUCUCUACCAGCGAGAUCACUUUUCUGAGGAUGCGGUGCGGAUUUAUAUCGGGGAAAUAAUUCUUGCUCUGGAGCACCUGCACAAGCUUGGGAUUGUGUACCGGGACAUCAAAUUGGAGAACAUCCUUCUAGACAGCGACGGCCAUGUGGUGUUGACGGAUUUCGGGCUCAGCAAAGAGUUUCUGGAAGAAGAUAAAGGAAGGACCUACUCUUUCUGCGGCACCAUCGAAUACAUGGCUCCAGAAAUCAUCAGGGGGAAGACUGGCCACGGCAAGUCAGUAGAUUGGUGGAGCCUGGGGAUCCUGAUGUUUGAGCUGCUGACAGGAGCUUCUCCUUUUACCUUGGAGGGAGAAAGAAACUCUCAGAGCGAGGUGUCAAAGCGUAUCCUGCGCUGCGAUCCACCAUUUCCCUCAAUGAUUGGAUCUGUUGCUAAGGACCUGCUGAGGAAGUUACUGGUGAAAGAUCCACAUAAGAGACUCGGAUCGGGACCCAGAGGAGCCGAGGACAUCAAAGCACAUCCUUUCUUCAGGGGACUGAACUGGUCUGACCUAGCACAGAAGAAGGUAGCGAGUCCAUUCAAACCAGAGCUGAAAAAUGAACUGGAUGUUGGAAACUUUGCUGAGGAGUUUACUGGAAUGGAUCCGGUAUACUCGCCUGCGAGUACGCCUCCCAGCACCGACCGCCUCUUCCAGGGAUACUCAUUUGUCGCUCCCUCCAUUUUGUUCAAUAAGAACGCCGUCAUGGGAGACUUUUUUGAAACCCAGGUUGGAGCCGAGCGCCCAGCUUCUGCUUCUGUGCAGCAAAGUGCAAUGUUGAAGGAGUCGCAGUUCUUCCAGCACUAUGACCUGGAUCUUCAUGGACCUCCGCUCGGUGAGGGGAGUUUCUCCGUUUGCAGGAAAUGCAGACACAAGCAGACUGGCCACGAGUACGCCGUCAAGAUCGUCAGCCGCAGAAUGGAGGCUAAUACUCAGAGGGAGAUUGCUGCCCUGAGGCAGUGUGAAGCUCACCCCAACAUUGUCAAGCUCUAUGAUGUCUACACUGAUCAGUAUCACACGUAUUUAGUGAUGGAGCUCCUGCAAGGCGGGGAGUUACUGGAUAGGAUCAAGAAGAAGAAGCUGUUUGGAGAGGCGGAGGCCAGUCAGCUGCUCCAGAGUCUGGUCUCCGCUGUCGGCUUCAUGCACGAGGCAGGAGUGGUGCACAGAGACCUGAAACCUGAGAACGUGCUGUUCACUGAUGAGGGCGAGGACUCGGUGCUGAAGGUCAUAGACUUCGGGUUUGCCCGCCUGUGCCCUGCAGGCAGCGCCCCUCUGCAGACGCCCUGCUUCACGCUGCAGUAUGCCGCUCCGGAGCUGUUCGAGAGCGCGGGAUACGACAAGUCCUGCGACCUCUGGAGUCUCGGGGUCAUCUUGUACACCAUGCUGUCAGGCCAGGUGCCGUUUCAGAGCGAGCAGCGUGGGAUGACCUCAUCCUACGCUGUAGACAUCAUGCAGAAAAUAAAGGAGGGGGAUUUCUCAUUGGACGGGGAGGCGUGGAAAGGUGUAUCAGAGGAUGCCAAAGAGCUGGUUAAAGGACUUCUGACCGUGGAUCCAGAGAGACGCCUGAAACUCUCCGACCUGAAGGAGAACAGCUGGCUGCAGGGAGAAGCUUCUAUGUCCACCACUCCUCUGUGCACCCCGGAUGUGUUAGAGUCCAGCGGGCCGACAGUCCGCACCUAUGUCAAUGCAACAUACCAGGCGUUCAACCGAUGCAAGAGAGAGGGCUUUUUCCUGAAGAGCGUCGACAACGCUCCCCUCGCGAAGCGACGCAAGCUUAAGAUGACGAGCACAGGCGUGGAGACCCGAUGGAGUUCCUCCUCCUCCUCGUCCUCUUCCUCCACCUCCUCCUCGGCAUCCAAAGAGCAGAACAAGCAGACUGUGACCCCGAAGCACAGCAAGCCCAAAUGAUGCAGCGAGAGAGCAACACUGAAAAGUAAAAGGUGUAUCCUAACACCGAGGACGUUAUGUCCGCCACUGGGUCGUUUUCCUUAAAAACAAAACAAAACAAAAACAAACCUUGAGUGAGGGAUUGAAAAACUGGUGCGGGUACAAAGAAAGUUUUAAUGCAAAAAUAUUUUCAUUCCUUCUGCCGCACUCUACUCAAACCAAACGUGUAUUUUUCUUGAAAAGAGAAGACGUGCCCUUGAAGAUUUGAAUUUCCUAUUCAGUAUUUUUUUUUUUUUUUCACGGAGUAAUCAGUUUAUCCUCACUGUGGCUACAGAACAGUGCCUGGUUGGAGAAGGAGGAAAAGGGAAAAAACGAGCCAUUAAUGAGCAGAAGCCAUAAACGCAGCAAAAACAGCAAAUCUGUGAACAAGAAACAAGCAAACAGAUCUUCUCACCAAUGAUUGAAUCAUUUAAAGCGGUCAGAGAUGGAGAGUUGGAGUGAACUAAAUGGCUCCACCACAUGAUGGCGCUGUGCUCAGUAGAUAUGAACGUUUAAAGUUUGUUGGGGAAAUUGGAGCUGUUUGCACUAUCAGCUGAUGUAUAUAAAUGAUCAAAUUAUCAGAGAAAUAUGAGAACUGACUGCAUGGAGAACAGAGGGAUUUAUUUAGGGGGUUUUUGUGUCUCUCAGAUAUUAGCCCUAAUACACGACGAGUUCGCCUGAAUUAGAUUUUGUUGGAAGCAGUUACAUCAGUUUGGUUAUUUUCCUCAGAAAGGUGCUGCUCUUCCAUUACAUUACCAGCUCCCACCUAAAUCACCUGUGGAGCUCAUGUCUCAACUGACUGAACUCUAUGGAAGGUUUUAAUCACAAGUGGAACUGCAGAUGUUUAGGAGUAGCAGCUGUAUAGAUUCAAACGCUCACUUCUUUAGGCCUGAUCUGCUGAUUCCCUUCAUGCUGUCUUCUAUAUUCUGGUUUCUCCAGUUGAUGAAAGAUAAGCUUUACUGUUGAGAGCUGAAUGGUUUGGUGAUUUGGACCCAUUUUACUCAUUUUUGCAGCAUCCAGCUGGCCUCCGAUCAGUGCCAUAUCGGUCUCCUACUUGAAUUUGACUGUUUUUUAGAAUUGGACUUUAUAAUUUUCUCUCUUUUUUCCUGAACUGGUUUUAGAACAUUGUACAAAACGAGUGUCUCAUUCGGUGAAAGUAAUGCACAUACCCUUUGUUUUAAUCAAAUGAACAUUUAAUGACUUAUUGUUUAGCAGCAAUCUGAAAGGUAUAUUGUCUUUUUUUUAUCGGACUUCUUAAAUGUUGCACAGUCAGUUCAGCAAUUAAGCACAUUUCAGCUUUAAUGGUGAUUUUUGCUGAUAUUUAUUAUGUCCUUGAUUUGUAAUGCUGUGGUUGUGGGUUUAUCAUGAUUAGGCUCUCAUUGAGUUCCAGCCCUCUGUGUGUGUGUGUGUGUGUGUGUGUGUGUGUGGGUGGGUGGGUGUGUGAGACAUACUGAGAUGUUUGAUGAUCCGUCGUUCUGAUAUUUUUGUGCCAGAUGAAGCAUUAUUGCAACUUUGCUGUAUUAUUUUCUGUGGUGUUUCCCACUGAUGUUUUUUUUGUUUUUUUUUUUAUUGAAUUGAUUGCUCGUUGAUGUUUUUAACUUCAAAACUUGCUUUUAUUGGUGUUUGAUAUUCUUCCCUUGUUGGUGUUUUUUCCUUUUCUUUACCUUCUUUUACUUCUCGUUAUGUUUUUAGCUUUGCUAUUUUACUGCCUCUGUCAAUGUCCUAACUGGGAAAUUUGUCUUUUGCACCAAGAUCUGUAUUUUUGUUUUUAUUUGGUGGGUGCAAAAUAAAUAUAACUUUGAAAUA